GUAGAAGCCAAGAUGGCGGCUCCCCUCUCCACGAUGAGGUUCUGGAAGCCGGGCGCCGAGGCUCCGGGCAUCUCGGAGGAGCGGGAGCUCAACUCGGAGACCACCGGCUCCCCCAUCAUCUUCAACCCCAACACCGCCCUCUCCAUAGAGAAGCAGCGGCAGAAGCUGCCCGUGUUUAAGCACAGAAACAACAUCCUGUACUUGGUUGAAAGCUUCCAGACCGUAAUCAUAGUUGGUGAGACUGGAUGUGGCAAGACAACACAAAUACCACAGUACCUGCUGGAGGCUGGCUGGGCAGCAGAAGGGAAGGUGAUUGGGGUGACGCAGCCUCGACGUGUGGCAGCUAUCUCAGUGGCUAACCGUGUUGCAGAGGAGCGAGGGGCUCUUAUAGGACAUGAGGUGGGCUACACCAUCCGAUUUGAUGACUGCUCUGAUCCCCAGGCCACAAGGAUCAAGUUUCUAACAGAUGGCAUGCUGGUACGAGAGAUGAUGGCUGAUCCGCUUUUGAAAAAAUACAGUGUUUUGAUCCUAGAUGAAGCCCAUGAGAGAACCCUGUACACAGACAUAGCCAUUGGUCUGCUGAAGAAGAUUCAGAAAAAGCGGCGAGACCUCCGGGUGAUUGUGGCCUCCGCCACUCUCGAUGCCAAGAAAUUUCACGAGUUCUUCAACCUGAAUGAAUCUGGAGAUCCAAACAAGGACACAUGUGGAAUUCUGACCGUAGAGGGACGCACAUUUCCUGUAGAUGUCUUCUACACUGUCAGUCCUGUCCCGGAUUAUGUGAAGGCCACAGUGGAGACGGUAAUGAAGAUCCAUGAGACGGAGGAUGAUGGGGACGUCCUGGCUUUUCUUACUGGGCAGGACGAAGUGGAGAAGGUGGUGUCCCUUCUGCAGGAGCAGGCCAGAUCUCUGUCGAGAUAUGGUAUGAAGAAACACCUGAGAAUUUUGCCGAUGUAUUCUGGUCUACCUUAUGCUGAGCAGAUGAAGGUGUUUGAGCGGGCUCCGCCUUCUGUGCGCAAGGUUUUGGUGGCCACAAACAUAGCUGAAACUUCCAUCACCAUAAAUGGGAUAGUGUUUGUCAUCGACUGUGCGUUUGUGAAGCUGCGGGCCUACAAUCCUCGCACUCUCAUUGAAUCCCUCGUGGUUACUCCCAUCUCCAAGGCCUCAGCCAGCCAGAGGGCUGGGAGAGCAGGACGAAACCGACCUGGGAAAUGCUUUAGGUUGUACACAGAGGAAGAUUUUGAGAAGUUGCCUGCCUCUACUGUGCCAGAAAUGCAGCGCACCAAUCUGGCCCCUGUUAUCUUACAGCUCAAAGCGUUAGGCAUAGACAACGUACUGCGGUUCAGCUUUCUUUCCCCUCCUCCAGCUCAGACCAUGGUUCAGGCUCUGGAACUUCUUUACGCUCUGGGAGGUCUGGACCAUUAUGGCCAUUUGACUGAUCCCAUGGGUGUGCGGAUGGCAGAGUUUCCUCUCAGCCCCAUGUUUGCUAAGAUGCUACUAGAGUCAGGAAACUUUGGCUGCUCCAAAGAGAUUGUUACCAUAGCGUCAAUGAUGCAGAUUCAAAAUAUAUUUGUGGUGCCACCCAAUCAGAAGAAAGCUGCUGCCCGUGAGCACAGGAAAUUUGCUGUUGCUGAGGGGGACCAUCUCACCAUGCUGAACGUGUAUGAAGCAUUCAUUAAGCACCAGAAGAACUCCCAAUGGUGUCAGGAGCGUUUUCUCAAUUACAAGGGUCUUCUGCGGGCCGUGACCGUGCGAGAGCAGCUCCGCCGUCUCAUGAACAAGUUUAAAGUACCACGAACUUCCAGCGAGGGUGAUCCAGAUGUGAUUCUGAAGUGCAUUGUAUCUGGUUUCUUUGCCAAUGCUGCCCGCAUUCACCAUUCUGGUUCUUACCGGACUUUACGAGAUGAUCUUGAGCUUCACAUCCACCCCAACUCAGUGCUGUAUGGAGAAAAACCUCCAAAGUGGGUCGUCUUUAAUGAAGUGGUGCAGACGUCAAAAUACUUCAUGCGGGAUGUGACUGCUGUUGAGUCGUCCUGGCUGGUUGAGUUGGCCCCUCACUUUUACAAACAAGCUAAGCAUGGUUCACUGGCCAGCAAGAGAUCCAGGGUCCUCUAAAUAGAUCAUUAUUAGACCACAAUAAGGCAGGAAGACAAAAAAGCCACUGUGCCCCUACCCAUGUGAUUGUAUAUACAAAUAAAAAAUCUAUAUUUAUUGUCCAUGUCUAACCUGUCUAACUCCCUCUACACUGUGUGGCGAUGCUACAACAGUAUUUAGUGGUAUAUUUUUAGUGUUGUAACAUGCUUUUUGGCUGUGAUGUAGUUUAUAUUUGAUAUAUAGUGAUGAGGCCAGGCUGGGCCUGACAGGUGUCUUAUUUGAGCAUGGCCAUGUAGUUUAUUCAUAUAUGUGUAUAUACUGUAGACAAAGCAGGCUCAGGUCCAGGAACAGCUCCUGUAUGACAGGUCCGUCCAUAUUGUUUUUUUUGUUUGUUUUUUUAAGAGCAGCAGUUUUUAUUUAUUUUUCUUGUGGCAGAUAAAUAUUGAAUUGCAAUGGAAUGUGAGAAUGUUCAUCUUUGAGGAACUUUUUUUUUUAGUUAGUUAGUUUGCUCUCCCCAUAGCCUGGGUGCCUUUUAUCUUUUAAUUAGUUUACUUAUCCUCAAAGCUAUUUUUAGCCUCAAAAUUCUUUUUGUACAUUCAUAUAGAAUGUAGUGUAAUAUAUUGUCAGAAAAUUGCUAUAGAUGGAAAUGCAUUUCGUAUUUUUCAUCUAACAUGAGAUCCUCAUAUUAUUCACACUGUGAACCUGCAUUACUUCCAAAAAGCCUUUUUUUUUUCUUUUUUUUUUUACAUUCUGUAUUCUCACUGAACUACAGUACAGCUCAGAUAUUAGUGGCCUUUUCACCAGUCUGUGCCAAGUUUAUUUUUAUUAGUAUGUUUCACAUUUCUUUUUGAAUGAAAUGUGUAAAUCCACCCAAAUAUUGUAAAUGAAAAGCUGUGAAACUAAACUGAAUGAAGUGCCAUUUGUUCCUGUGGUAAAGGAUAAAGCAUCUGCACAAGCAUCAGAAAAGUAAAAAACAAACACCAUGUUUUUUUUUUCUGAUUUAGGCAUCAGUGGCUGCCAUAACUGGCGUCCCUUCUUAUGGCUCAUCAGUUUUACUUUUUGACACCAGUUUCCUGUCAUUGUUUUACAUUCCACGCCAUGUCCAAGUGCUAUACACUUACACUUAUGUCUUUUUUGUUACCAAUGAAGACAUAGAAAGCUUCAGAGCGCUGUUUUUUCAAAGGUCUGUCAGUGUACUCUGUCUUCUGCUACAUGUCACCGCUGUCACCAAACUUUACAUCUGCCUGCAAACUUUUUUGCUUUUGUAGACUUUAGAUUAGAACUGUAUAUUUAGUGAAACUGCAAACAAACCCCAGAACAAUACCAUAGUAGGUAUAAACUCAGAUUAAAUAGAUAAUAAAGUACUUUUGCAUGAUACAAUGAUACUCUGAUGUAAACCUACUCACUAAAAAUCACCCGGUAGAUAUCCUGGAAAAUGAAAAUAUUUCAGAGAUGACUUGUUCAUGCUUGUCUGUGCAGAUACUGAGUAUAUAUGCAGCUAAAGCAGAAACCUGUAGACUCGUAACUGCUUACCUCUGAGAUUAAAACUGUCACCUGUUUCUUUGUCUUCUCUAAAUAAAGCAUUAUUGUCAUAUGUCAAGUGUGGCUUUUGACUGCUUUGUUCACGCAGGGACUGUGUACUUUAUUUGCA